CCCCCGGUGAUGGCGGGCGGGGGGAGGCUGGGGGCUGCCGCCUCCCCAUCCCGCUAACGCGGGGCUUUCUUCCCGCAGAAGAUGUUGGUGUACUUCUGGGGGUUCCUGUACAGCAACUACUUUCGGUUUUGGCUGAAGUGGAUCUUGAGGCUGCUGACGCGGAAAUGCGAGUUGCAGCGGGUCUUUGACGGCUCGGGGGCAGGGGCGCGGCGGACGCUGAGCAUAGAACAUUCACUGGAAUCAUCAAAGAAUAAGGUUUUAAGAAAUGCUGUACAUGCCGAGGAAGCUGAAGUGGAGAACUGUGUCAGAGAUGUAAUGAAAGAAAAGAAAAUCGAGCAGAAGGAUACAGGGUUUAAGACAAACCUGCAUAUAACCUUACUGCAGAUAUCCGGUUAUAAAAGACUUUAUUUCAAUGUGGAAAAUCUGAGGAAGGUCCCGUAUGAUUCGGAUAACGAAGAACAUGAAGAACAGUUAAUCGAGCUUUGGAAUUUGCUGAUGCCUCAUGAGAACCUGAAGGCCAGAAUCACCAAGCAGUGGUGUGACAUUGGCUUCCAAGGUGAUGACCCCAAAACAGACUUCAGAGGAAUGGGCCUGCUGGGGUUAGUGAAUCUGGUGUAUUUUAGUAAGCAUUACACUGACGAAGCUCGUCAGAUCCUUUCUCGUUCAAAUCACCCAAAGCUGGGAUAUUCUUACGCAAUAGUUGGAAUCAAUCUGACAGAAAUGGCUUACAGCUUACUUAAGAACGGUGCUUUAAAGUCUCAUCUGUACAACAUGGUCUCUGGAUUGCCACAGAUGGAACACUUCCAUCAGUUUUACUGUUAUCUGGUUUAUGAGUUUGACAAAUUCUGGUUUGAAGAAGAACCAGAAAGCAUUAUGCACUUCAACCAGUACAGAGAGAAAUUCCAUGAAAAAAUUAAGGGACUUCUGCUGGAUUAUGAUGUGAUACUAACCUUACAAAACACAAAGAAACCUUAACUCCUCUGCAGUCUGUGAGGUUCUGCAUAAGAAAAUGGAAUUAUGCAUUUGGAUGGAAGCUUUGCGUGUUUCACCACAAACUAUUUAACAAUGGAACUUUUUUUUUUACGUUUAAAAAAAAAAAAAUCAAAAUCCAGUUAAGAAAGCUUGGACAAUCAACCUCUGUUUACAGGUCUUUAUAUGCUAUUCUCCAAAGGACAACUUUUUAAAAACAAAAACCAACCACAAAUCUCUAAGAGCCUCUGGAUCGCUUUCACAAUUUCUUUUAUAAUUUCUUGGUGCAGGAACAUGAAGCAAGUAUCCAUGCCACAUCAUGUUCUCCAUGAAUAGGUCUGACAAUUGUUUUUUAAAAACUUUUUAGUUAAAAUUACUCUGGGUUUAGAUUUUUUUUUUGUGUUCUUGUUCUGUAUGUGUAGUCAGUCGUUCACUCAUCAAUUUUAAAUUUAUAACGAAGAGGUCUACGAAGGGAAUAUAUUAGUCACUUAUGAUUUUGGAGAAGAGGCUUAAUCCAUCAACAUACUGAUGUACUUACUAGAAAUUUCUUCUGGUUAAGGAAGUUCUUUUUAUCUGUGGAUUUGCACCAGCAAAUUCCUACGCUUGGAAAAAGCUUGCAAACAAACAAAAAGCCCCACAGAUCUUCAGUGUGAGGAUCAGAUCCUAAGACUAAAGCUACUCCUUCUAAAAAUAUUCCUACUGUAAAAAUUCUUGAUACUUUCUAAUCUGACUUCAGCUGCAUAGGCUACUUGGCUUUGUGGCUGUUGUCAGCCCUUUCUUUUAGCAGCUGAUGGGGUAUUCUCAGUGGGAAGUACAAAAGAGUUAAUUUAGCCUUUUUAUAAAGUUAUUACUGCAGCUGCAGUCCCUAUUUUGUGAAAAUAAAUUCACACCUGAGUACAAUAACAAAGAUGUAUUUUCCAUGGAAAGGAUGCAACUGUGACAUGUUCCUUAAUCUUGGCGUCCUUAGACAAUCUAGUCAAUAGGACUUCACAUCUAUAUUGUGUCUAAUUAUUGCUUAAAGCAACUUUAAACAGAUCUGGUAUGACCAUCACUUCAUUUUCUAAAACCUACUAUGAAAUAAGUGCCUUCUGCUUUAUUCAAUCAGCAUUUUAUUUUGGUUAUGUAACCAGAUCAUAGCCUUAGAAGCUUGAGUUAUUUGGGAAAGACUCAUUCAGUAUAUGCGUAAAGAGCACACAGUGGCACAAAAUUUGUAUGCCGAUAGAAGCUUUCAUGCCUCUUUUUUUUAAAUCAUCUCAGGUAAAUUAGUUAACUUCUAGUCAGUGACUAAUCAUUAAGAGAUUCCUCAAGAAUACAAAUACUGAACAC